AAAGAUUUAUGACACCCAUCAUUGGAAAAUUCUGUGGACAGUAUGGCGUGAUGGAGAAUGAGACAACUGAAACAAGCACAUCUGGGUGUGGUUCUCUGAUUCUUGAAAUGGGAGCAUUAUCACGUUUAACAGGUGACCCAAGAUAUGAAUCUGCAGCUUUACGUUCUCUUCGUAAGUUAUGGAGCAUGCGGAGUUCAUUGAAUCUGCUAGGAACUACGCUGGAUAUAGCAACUGGGGAAUGGCUUGAGUACUCAUCUGGGAUUGGAGCUGAGAUGAAUUUUGGAGAAUGUUUCAGACUGCUUACCUUGCUGUACAGAAAUAUUUCAGACAUGGCCCAUGGUACCAUGAAGCUGAUAUGAGGACAGGACAAGCAACUUAUUGGCAACUUACAAGCCUUCAAGCAUUUUGGCCUGGUCUACAGGUUCUUGUUGGGGAUAUUGCAGCUGCUAAUUCAUCACAUCGUGAGUUUUUUCAUGUAUGGAAGAAAUUUGGAGUGUUACCAGAAAGGUAUCUUCUGGAUCAUCAGAUGUUGCAUCCUACCGAGAAAUAUUAUCCUUUGCGCCCUGAAUUGGCGGAAUCCACGUUUUACCUAUACCAAGCAACCAAAGAUCCUUGGUACAUAGAAGUGGGUGAAUCAAUCGUAGAUUCUCUUAAUUUAUACACGAAAGUGGAAGGUGGUUUUGCAAGCAUUAGAGAUGUGACAACUAUGCAAUUAGAAGAUCAUCAGCAUAGUUUCUUCCUUGCUGAGACGUGCAAAUAUCUGUAUCUUCUCUUUAAUGACUCAUUUUUUGUUGAUCGGAAUUACAUUUUCACAACGGAGGGUCACCCUCUGCCAGUUGUAAGUGCUUGGCAUGAUAGGCUGCCGGAGGCCUAUACUCCAAGUAACUGGACCUCUAUCAAGGUGUUCUUUCUACCUUCUCUCCUAUGUGAUGAUUCCUUCUUUCUUGAAUGCCAUGAAUACCUUACCUCUUUUCUUUUCACACUUGGUCCACUUUCUUUACUUCCUCUCUCAUUUUCAUUUUCCUUGACCUGAUACCUCUUGGCUUUUGGGAGCUGCUUAAAUUAUUUUCAAAUGGCUGCUAUUAUAAGGAUUUUAAAGUCACAACUCCUAUCAUCAUUUGCCAACUCCAGCUAUUGCUGGGGGAACUAUGAUUUCAGAUGCCUCCUUUUGUAAGAGUGAUUGUUCCACCAUAGUUCUAAUGUGGUCUGGUCCAACUUGUGCUUUUAAUUUGUUCUUCUAAGCUCUUGAAUUAUGUCUCAAGCGUCUGUGGAGUCUGUACCCAAUAAAUAUGAUGUGUUUGAAAGUCCUGUCUACUUCUCUCUCCCAAACCCGUUAUAGGUUUCAUAUCAAGAGUUUUUCUCAUGUCAUUCAUGGAUUUUUGUUUUGCUUUCUGCCCAGUUGCUUUUGCAAUCCGUUUGCCUUACUAAGACACGCAUGAGCAUUCUGAGAAUUCAACUGGUCGAUACACUGCAAUUAAAUAGGAGCUUUCAUAUUUUAGGACUUGCUGGAAAAUGAGCAUUCAACCUUGUGCAGGGUGAAAAUCAAGCAAAUCGAGCUAGUGCAAUGUCUUUACGAGUCUGUCCAGCUACUAAACUAACUGACGGACACCAUAAUCAACAGCUUGAGAGUGCUUGCCACAUCCCGGAUGCUCGUGCUGACCACAGAUGUUUCACUAAUGAGGACUGUGGCAUCGAUUCAACCACCUGCCGAAGAAGAUCUUGCAGCAUGGCUGGCUAUUGUGGCCUAUGGUUGAUUUAGAACCCAGAAUAUAACCCAAAUUCUUUUUCCAACGAUGAAAUAAAUGCUAAACCCGUGAUUCAACAAAGCCUGCUUGCAACUAUUGUUAGUCUGGCAGAUGUAUAAUCUAUAACCCAGUUAGAAAAAGAUAUACUGGAAGGGGAAAGAAUUGAUAUAUGUUGUAGAAAUUCUUGUAAUUUAAUUCAACUUUGUAAUUUUGUAUUUACAAAUUUUGGUUGAUAACAUUUAGAAUAAAUAUGCUGUGUAGCUUGGAGUACAAAACUUACAAGAAUCAAUUUGAAGUGAGG